AUGCCCUUCCCCAGCCUUCGUCGAAGAACGGCGACAGACUCGCUGAGCAUCGACAAUGAGCAGAAAACGCCAUCGCCCUCUGCUCGAAGCCGCUCUGCUACCGUUCCAAGACUAUCUGCGCGCAAAAGUCUAUCCUCUCUGCUAGACUCUGCUAUGAGAGGACGGACAGCCAGCCGUUCACCAACCAGAACCGUCUCUGAUGCCAUGGAGCGUAACCUGUACCCAGAAUAUGAUGCUUCAAAUCCGAAUCAUGACCCUCAGCGAGCUGCAGAAACCCCUCGAACUGGAAAACCUAGACGAUUCCCCCGAGCUCCAAGUCCACAUCCACUCAAAGGUUCUGCAACCUCAAGACUAUCCAGAAUCAGCCGAGACACUAUGAACAGAAGACCCUCCGAGUACUCAAUCACGGACAAAUCGUCUCCUGCCAGAUCCAUUCUCGAAGCAUUGGCGGACGCAAUUCGAGCACCAACGUCUCUGUUCUACAAGGAAAACAAGCAAUCCACAAAGAUUGAGGAUGAGGAAGCAUUGACGCACAAUCCUCCGUCUACAGGAAAGACAAGCCCCAAGAAGUCGGUGAGGUUCAGAUCUGGUAACACCGUCAUCGACACGGAAGCAAAAUCUUCUCCGAUCGACAUUCCAAAAACGACACCGUCAUUGCCACCAGUCCAGCUUGCACAGACCCCGAUCCUGCAAGCCUUCAGGAGACUCCAAGACCCUAUCCCGACUGCAAGGCCUCAGCCAGGACAUGUCUUGAGGUGUUCUGCUGAUUUCCGUCAUGCCUUAGCUGCAACGAAAGCUAGUGAUAUUCUCGGUGGCUUGGACGACAAGGCGUUGACUGAAUUUCCGACUCCUCAGUCCACUCAGCCAGGCAGCGUUAUACCUACAGACAACCCUUUCGAUGACCCAUCCGAAGAGAUUGAUCCUGAAAUCAGUCUGCUCUUGCUUAGAGGGUACGAUGACGGCUUUCGGAGGAGGAAAUCAUCGAGCUGCCCAUCCUCUCCAGAUGUGGCCAUUGAGAAGGGGUUUCCUAGUAACGACGAUGAGACGCAAAAGGUCCCUCUUUCACCACUCCUUACAUCUCCAGGUCGCCGCAAGGAGGAGUGUACCCAAGUAGAACCAUUUCCUCGCCCAGAGCAAGCGUCAACGGUCACAAUGGAAGAGGCUGAUGGCAGCACAGAUUCCCAUCACGAUCGACAUAAAGGUCGCGAACACCAGUCGGCUUGUGAAACAAAGGAUUCUCCGUUGUGUCCCGAUGACAACGGCCAACCUCUGUGGGGUCCGGAGGAGCAUGAAAUGGAUUCCGGAAAGUCAAGCCCAACAGCGGUCUUCAGCGACUCCAGUCCUUUAUCUGGACCUGGCCAGGUAGAAGUGGUCUCACCCUCGAAGAUGGAGCAGGGAACUAACGUUCCUGAUGAGAUAGCACAGCAAAGCAGUCCCACAGUUCUCCAGGCUCCGAAUGAGAACAACGGCCAUGCCGCUGUCAACUUGAAGUGGUACAUGGACUGUGCGACCGCAGCUCGGUGUGACAAGGUCCUCGACCCUCGGACAGUCUCGGCCUCCUCAGUGGCUGUGGACAAACCGCGACGCACACCAUCGCCUGCGUUUAUACCUCUGCCCUCAUCAGCACGUCCUGCGGGUCGGACUCGUCAGUUGGCAUACACCGACCAGUACGGAUGGUGUCCAUUCGAUGACUAUCAAUUCGUGUAUGCUGCAAAAGCCGCUCUUGAACUGUCUCAGACUGCCUUCGGAGAGAUGAUGUCUCAAGAGGGUGGCCUUUGGGAGUUCUGGAACCAGGCCAAACUGCCAUAUGACACUGCGCCGACGUGGGACACAAAAGGUCUGUGUUUGUGGGAGAUUGACGAUCUUUUGAACAGUAUCCGACAGCAAUCAACUCUGCCGGAGCCUGUGACAUGCAUGAUCGUCGAGGACUUCAAGUCGGUCAUUGCACGCUACUACUUCCGAAGCCAUGGUCAUGCGGAUCGACGAGACGAGACUGAAGAAGACUUCGACACCAGCUCUGUUUUUCAGGGAGAGUCAUUCUCGCGCGAUGAUAAAUCAUUCGGAGUAUUUCCCCCACCCAGCACGCAAUUCGACGAUCCUCCCGGAGGAGACAUGAACGGUGCGGUCGACUGCAUGCUCGAUGACGCUACAAAUCUCGCGCAUAGUGAUCUUUCUUGUUCUUCUUUGGCGAACGAGGAGAAGUGCGAGAAAGUGGCGAAAGUCCUGGAGAACUUUGAGAGGAAGAGGUUGAGAGAUACUGAGGAGGAAAGCGACAGCACAUUUGUGAAGCGGCUUGGAACCAUGAACCUCGAGUGCAGCGUCGUCGAUUCUGCUUUCCCUUCUGCGAAUGACAAGGAAAAGUGCCUGCGCAUCUCCGAAGAGGAAUACGAAACAGAGACAGAGUCGGCCCCUGAACUUGUUGAGGAGGUCGAACUAUUUCGAGGUCGACCUGUCAGAGCUAUCACCACGGAGAGCAAAUGGUCCACGCGAAGCAAGCGUAACAGAGACGAAUCUGGACAGACCGCUGAAACCAUCUCCUCGACAAAUUCACCUGAGCCGGUGGAUGAGGAUGAAAAAUAUUGCCGGGGCAUCGUGUGA